AGUUUGAGUGAGGAGAAAGUUGAGAACAGUCGUCGGCAAGUUGGAUCAAGGCUGCUCAGUCCCCAUCACCACACAAAGUGCGAGCCGCUGACUCCUGUUUAGGGUCAAAGUGUUCCCCCCCCCCCCCACAACAACUUAGGCUAAACUUUUUCGCCAGCUCUACCUCAACAGCAAAUCAGUACGGCACAUUGCGAUUCGCAGCCGUCUCAGGCAAACAACAUGCUUCUUCUACAAGGUGUUUUCCGAGAGGAGCUAGAGGAGGAGUUCAGACACACGAUGCAGGAAUACAUUCCGUUCAUCAGCAAGUACUGGCCAUUCAUCAUCACGGGGCUGGUCUGCUACCUGGCAACCCGGUUCUGUUUCUAUGCAUUGGGUGAUAAGGACAAACGAAUUUCAAUGUACAACCGAGAUGGAGAGCAUGAGGAAGCAGAUCUCGAUUCAGAUGAAGAAGUGAACGACGAUUCGGAAAUUGUCCCCGCCUUGCCAGCCGAUCUGAAGCACGUUCCUUUCGAGUUCGAAAGGUAUUCAGAAGAGGAGUCUGUCAGACGAGCCAAAGAAUUCUACGAGUUGGUGAAAACUCGACGCACGGUACGUUUCUUCAGUAAGGACCCGGUUCCAUUUGAAGUUAUUCAGAAUAUCGUCAAAUCAGCAGGAACGGCACCCAGCGGUGCUCACACCGAGCCGUGGACGUAUGUUGUGGUAUCCGACCUCGACAUGAAAGUGAAAAUCCGAGACAUCGUCGAAGAGGAGGAAAAGGUCAACUACUUGCGUCGUUUUGGUAAUACCCUCAGCAGUGCCGGAGAAAAAUGGACAGCUGACCUGAAGCCUUUGAGGACAAACUGGAUCAAAGAGUACCUGACCACAGCGCCCUACUUGAUUCUAGUUUUCAAACAAGUAUUCAGCUACAAGGAGGACGGAUCAAAGAAGGUUCACUAUUACAACGACAUGAGUGUCUCAAUUGCAUCGGGUAUUCUUCUGACCGCUAUUCAUUAUGCAGGAUUGGUGACACUGACCAGCACUCCUUUGAACUGCGGCGGUAGACUGCGCACUCUGCUGGAGAGACCUUCCUACGAGAAGUUGAUGCUUCUUCUGCCAGUCGGCUAUCCAGCAAACAAUGCAACUGUGCCCGACUUGUAUCGCAAGGAGCUCGAUGAGAUUAUGGUGCAAAUAUAAGACCCGGCUUCAAAAAUCCCCAAAAAUUAAAAAUAAUGUUUCCAAUAUCAACAGGGUCUCAUGAUUAUGUAACCAAUGGAUUCAAGUUGAACACAAUCAAUCCAAGAGAGCUGGAUUGAAUUAUGCGUAAGGAUUACAGAAAUUGAUUAAUAAUCACUAGGGAAAUUUAUGAAGCAUCACAAAGAAAGCUGUCUGUGUAAGUUGCCUUUUUCUACGAGAAUAUAAUUUGGCUAAUCAUUUCUCUCUCUAAAUAAAGGGAUGGAUCAAUAAUUGAAUGCAAAAGAGGUACAGUAAUUAGUUGCAUAACUUGAACCAUGCGUAAUACUGGCGAUCGAGUAGAAUUGGUAAGGAAAAAUGAGCCCUUUUACAAUAACAGAUUAUAAAUUUGUUCAAUUAUUCGCAAAUACUGCCGAACUCAUUAAUUUAGAUCUUCGAUGAUAUUAAUAAUGUAAUGUUAAGGCAAGUAUAUUUGCCUUUUAAAAGCUGAUUUAAUUAAAUGAAACAUUGGUUUGGAUGGAUACAUUUAAUCUUAGGGCAAGUUAGUGUAACUAGGCGUCAAGCUUGUUAGAAAGGUUUAAUGUAUAAGAUGCUAGUUUGGACAUUCAUCUCAAUGUGCUUUAUACGUAGAAAAAUAAAAUUUAUAUAAUUAUAGGCCUACUAUAAUCAUAAUGCUGCUUCAUUAAAUAUAUCAUUCAAUAUACUUUUCUAAAUGAACUAUAUCUGGAAAUUAACAAUACAAACUCUUUUUUUGAAAAUUAUUUUGAAUUUUCAUCAUGCUUUGAUAAUUCGCUUGAAAAUAAAAUGCACAUAGGCAUAGAAAUUUCAGCACAAAUGUUGUUUGCUUGCGAAGUGUUUCUUCUAGAAAAUAAGUUUCAAAGUAUCUAAUGUAACAAUAAGUAAAUAAGGGAUUUUUUGAAAUAAUUUUCAAUGUGUUCAUUCUUUCAACUAAAUGAACAUUAUCUGAAAAGUGAUGGAAAUGAAAAGGAGGUGGGAGAUUCAACGUGAGAAACGCAAUUCUUCAUAGAAUUGGGAAGAAAAACUAUCUAGUGCUAGUGUUUAGGUCUUAAAAAUAAACUAAAAAUACUAUUCCUCUGAUCUUGGUUUGAAAAAGAUUGUUUAAAUUGGAUAGGACAGGUAUUUUCGAAUAAGUUAAGUAGGUUUUCUUAUAAUUAAAUUCAAUUCAUGACACUUGUGAGGGUUUGGAUAUAACAUAAAUCACAUCUAUAAAAUUUCUAUUGUUAUUGUAAUUACUGUUUUUACUGUAAUUUGUAAUUAUUGUAUUUUAUAUUUUGCUUGAAUAAUUCUGAAGUAUUUGUAAUAUAGAAAUUGAAAUAUUUUAUGAAUAGGUGUUGUUUUCUAAAAUC